AAGGGAGGUUGGCGAAGAAAAGUUUGUCGUUAAGCCCAGUGACGAGUCCCGUGACAUAAAGAAGGGGAAUUGUACAUCCCCGCAUUUCCUUUCGCUUUAAAUUGAAUUUUUAGACUGAUCUCGUUAUUUAUAAAGAAUAAUAGUGAUACUGUUCGUUGUGUGUUUGUGAUAAUUCGUAGUCUAAGAGAGAGACUGUGCAUGCAUAUGGCGGUGAUGCCUGUUACAAAACAAGAUUUUGUCUCGUUGGAACCGUUUGUUCAUCAAGUCGGAGGGCAUUCCUCCAUGAUGAAAUUUGACGAUGUUUCUGUCUGUAAGCCUCUGUAUCAACGAGAGCAUCGCUUUUAUGAGGAACUUCCCCCAGAAAUGCAUCCUUUCACUCCGGAGUAUCGAGGAGUUGUAUAUGUAAGCAUUGAAGAAGAUGAGGAUGGUUAUAUUAAUUUGACAGCUCACCCAGACAAGUUGGCAUUAGAAUGUCAAAAUAAAGAUGGUUCUUCCAAAUUCAGCUGUAGUACAACUAGUAGUUCCUCAGACAGUGACAGCAGUGGAGAGGAUUUGAUAGGAUCACCACAACAACGACCACCAAGAUUUGGCUUAGUUAGAUCAGUAGAGACAGGUCCAUACAGGGUGCGACUUCGAAGUGGAAAGCUGGAACUCGUAAGCACUAGGAAGGAUGGAUUCUUUGAUGCAGGAGAUGUGACUGAUCACUCUUCAGAUCAUGCCUCCCACGGGUGGCCUGAGAAUGAAAUCUUCACAAGCUCCUAUACUGGAAGGAACAACAUUAAUGGGAGUGCAGGUGCAAAUCCUUGGAGUUUGCAUUGUCAUAGGGAAGAGGUGAACAAAAUGAGAAAAUUGGGCCCAUCAUCUAAAGUACACAAAUACAUUGUUUUGGAAAAUGUGGCGUACCAAUUUUCUUAUCCUUGUAUUCUGGACUUAAAAAUGGGAACUCGGCAACAUGGAGAUGAUGCAACAGGUGAAAAAAAAGUCAGAAUUAUGGCCAAAGUAGAAAAAUCUACAUCUAAAACUCUUGGUAUAAGAGCGUGUGGCAUGCAGGUGUACAAAAAGAAUUCAGGAAAAUUUAUGUGUCGCAACAAAUACCAUGGACUUAAGCUGCAUGAGGAAGGCUUCAAACAGGAAUUGAUAACUUUCCUGCACAAUGGACUACAGUUUAGAACAGAGCUAAUAGAACCUUUGCUUCAGAGGCUUCGGAAGUUGUACAAAGUGAUUGAGAAGCAACACUCAUACCGUUUCUACUCAAGCUCCUUGUUGUUAAUGUACGAAGGAGACAUGGAAAAUACAGGUGAAACAACAAACAGUUGUAGUUGUUCUACAAAAGAGAGAGAAAAAGGCCAAAGCAAUCAGGAGACACUCAACAGCAAUAACAGCUGUAGUAAUUUAAACAAUAUCUGUCAGUGCUUCAGUCAUCGCUGCAAAGUGGAUGUCCGAAUGAUUGACUUUGCACACACAACACACAGUGGGUUCUCUGGGGACCGUACGCGUAGCGGACCUGACACAGGCUACUUGUUUGGGCUCGAGAACUUGAUAAGACUUCUAGAGGAAAUCCAAGAAAAAUACCAUGAUUCUCUAGACACCAGUCUUGAUCCUAGUCCAUAACAAUCCUUAUUAAAGUUCCAAUAUGAGAAUAUCAGCAAAACUCCUUAAUCCUAAUUAAUGUUAAAUCCCUGCCCCUAAUUUGUUGCGUUUGUGAGUGGCUUCCUGAUCCCCUCUCUCAGUGUUAACUUUUGCAGUCCUAACCCCAUCCCUGGUGAGGCUGCUUAUGUUCAUAUUCUGGCACCUGUCUUUGGUAUAUUUUAGUGCAUGUAGGUUUGGACCAAAAAGACCAAAUUUUGUUGAAUGCUGGUAGUAGGUGCGGAAUCACUUGAUAUGCAGAGGAAAACUAUUUUAUAAGGUUAUGGUCUAUACAUCGAAUGUGAAAAAUGAUCAUAUAUUCUGCAAGAUUUUAUCCAUGUGCAUAACAUUUCUUGGUGUGACUGGCCAGAUAGGAAAACUAGGAAAAUACUUGUGAUGAAAUAAAAAAAUUAUCUAUUUAUAGCAAUGCACAAAAUCAUUUUUUAAUAAUUCAGUUGAAAUUAAAGCUUAUGAAAACAAAAUGGAAUAUUCAUAUUAGUAAGUAUACAUUUACUUAAAGAAUAAUACUUGUUUUGAUUCACCAAAAGAAUCUUUGCACAAGGGAACUUAGCAAUACCUUUUCUAUAUUCUGUUCAUUAAGAAGAAGAGAUGUUGUGCUUUCAUUAAAGUGGCAAUUCUCAGUUUAUAGAAUAUAUUGUCAAAAACUAUGAAAGUGGAAGUGGUGAAUGUUACAAUACCACUGUUAUAACUGGGGUCACUUACUAAAUUACCCUUAACCUAUCAUAUUGUGCAGGACAAAUAAUGAUUCCAGCUGAAUUUAAUUGUGACACACAGUGUCUUGGAUCAAAAUUUUGGGAUUCAUUGCUCCUGUUGUAGAAUCAAAUCACUCGGUUUUGUGUAAGUGCCUUUUUGUAACAGCAGUUGCACUGUAAACAUGGAAAUUAUUCUUAAUUUUAAGUGGAUCAAUCAUGUAAUCUCCAGGCUCUUUAAUUCCCAAGGAUUUUAACAUUAUUAUUGCUAAUUAUUUCAGAUUAUAUGGGGUUACAGCAAACAUGGGUUCCUUUUUGCUGUUUAUGACAACUUAGUUCAUAUGAAUUAAAGAGAAACCUAUCAUAAGUA